UUGUGGGAAAAGUGAUUCCAACAAUCAUGGCAGACGCGUUUGGAGAUGGGUUGUUCAGCGUGUUUGACGAUGAACAACAAACCACAACUAAUAAGAAGACACUUCCCUCCUUGGCUGUAGAACCAGAGAAAGCUGUCAGUAAAAAUGUCUCUGACAAGGAUGCUGGUCCAUCUCCUCGGCUUAAGAGGGAGGCAGACAGUGACGGUGGAGAGGAGGUGGUGUUUGGGAAGAAAGCUCGACAUGAGACAGUCUCCCCUAAUGACUUGAAUCUGGCAGAAUUUAUGCCUCAGGUUAAGGUGGAGCAAGUUGAGACAGUGGAGGGAUGCUCACAUGAGGUCGCUUUGCCUGCCAGUGAUGAAUAUAAACCACUGAAACCUCGAGUGGGCAAGGCAGCCAAGGAGUACCCAUUUAUACUUGACCCAUUCCAGCGGGAGGCCAUCUUAUGUAUUGACAACAAUGAGUCUGUGCUUGUGUCUGCCCACACCUCUGCUGGCAAGACCGUCUGUGCUGAAUACGCCAUCGCUCUGGCCCUCAGAGAGAAGCAGAGAGUGAUCUUCACCAGCCCCAUCAAGGCUCUGUCUAACCAGAAAUACAGGGAGAUGUAUGAAGACUUCCAGGACGUGGGCCUGAUGACUGGGGAUGUCACGAUUAACCCCACCGCCUCUUGCCUUGUCAUGACAACAGAGAUCCUGAGGAGCAUGUUGUACCGAGGCUCUGAGAUCAUGAGGGAAGUGGCCUGGGUCAUCUUUGAUGAGAUCCAUUACAUGAGAGAUUUAGAACGAGGUGUGGUGUGGGAGGAGACGAUCAUUCUUCUUCCAGACAAUGUGCAUUACGUCUUCCUGUCAGCCACCAUCCCCAAUGCCAGACAGUUUGCUGAGUGGAUUUGUCACCUUCAUAAGCAGCCGUGCCAUGUGGUGUACACAGAUUAUCGCCCCACUCCACUGCAGCACUACAUAUUUCCAGCAGGGGGCGAUGGACUCCACCUGGUGGUUGAUGAGAACGGAGAUUUUAGGGAGGAAAACUUCAACACAGCUAUGCAGGUGCUGAGAGACGCAGGGGAUUCUGGGGGCAGCAGUGGUGGCAAGUGGGAUCCGAAAGGGCGGAAAGGAGGAACCAAAGGUCCAUCCAGUGUGUUCAAGAUAGUGAAGAUGAUCAUGGAGAGGAACUUCCAGCCUGUCAUAAUUUUCAGCUUCAGCAAGAAAGAGUGUGAAGCCUAUGCUCUGCAAGUGGCCAAACUGGACUUUAACAACGAUGAUGAGAAGCGUCUGGUGGAGGAAGUGUUUAACAACGCCGUGGACUGUCUGUCAGACGAAGACAAGAAACUCCCCCAGGUGGAGCAUGUGCUUCCACUGUUGAAGAGGGGCAUAGGAAUCCACCACGGAGGACUGCUGCCCAUCCUGAAGGAGACCAUAGAGAUCCUUUUCUCCGAAGGCCUGCUCAAGGCCCUUUUUGCCACGGAAACAUUUGCCAUGGGCAUCAACAUGCCCGCUCGCACAGUGCUCUUCACCAGCGCUCGCAAGUUUGAUGGCAAGAAUCACCGCUUUAUUACGUCAGGUGAGUACAUCCAGAUGUCUGGACGUGCUGGCAGGAGAGGAAUGGACGACAGGGGCAUCGUUAUCUUCAUGGUGGACGAGAAGAUGAGUCCAGCUGUGGGCAAACAGCUACUCAAGGGAUCAGCAGACCCCCUGAACAGUGCCUUCCAUCUGACCUAUAACAUGGUGCUCAACCUGCUGCGUGUGGAGGAAAUCAACCCUGAGUACAUGCUGGAGAAAUCCUUUUACCAGUUCCAGCACUACAGAGCUCUGCCUGGUGUGGUGGAGAAAAUUAAACGGUUAGAGGAGCAAUACCACGCCAUUGAGAUACCGAAUGAAGAGAACGUAGUUACGUACUAUAAAAUCAGACAGCAGCUGGCCAAACUGGGCAAAGAGAUACUGGAGUUCAUCCUUAAACCAAAGUACUGCUUGCCCUUCUUGCAGCCUGGGCGACUUGUUAAGGUAAAAAAUGAAGACAUUGACUUUGGCUGGGGAGUUGUUGUGAACUUCAGCAAGAAAUCAAACGUGAAGGCCACCAUGGAUUCAGAGAUGCUGUAUGUGGUGGAGGUGUUGGUUCACUGUAGUAAGGACAGUGUAAAGGAUGCUGCAACUGAAGCUGCUAAACCUGCAGCUCCGGGAGAGACGGGAGAGAUGCAGGUCGUCCCGGUGAUGCUGCAUCUCCUGACAGCCCUCAGCUCAGUUCGCCUUUACAUCCCCAAAGACCUGAGACCUUUCGACAACAGGCAGCUCAUGCUCAAGUCUAUCCAGGAGGUGCAGAAACGUUUCCCAGAUGGUGUUCCUCUUCUUGACCCCAUAGAUGACAUGGGCAUCAAAGACCCGGCUCUGAAGAAAGUCAUUCAGAAGGUGGAGGCCUUUGAGCACCGCAUGUACUCUCACUCCCUUCACAGCGACCCCAACCUGGAAUCUGUUUAUUCUCUCUGUGAGAAGAAAGCUCUGAUCGCAGCUGAUGUUCGAAUAGCCAAGCGGGAGCUGAAGAAAGCCCGGACCGUCCUACAGAUGGACAAGCUGAAGUGCAGAAAGAGAGUCCUGCGACGCCUCGGCUUUGCCAGCCCCUCUGAUGUGAUCGAGAUGAAAGGGCGAGUUGCCUGUGAGAUCAGCAGUGGUGAUGAGCUCCUGCUGACGGAGAUGAUGUUCAACGGCCUCUUCAACGACCUGUCAGCCGAACAAGCCACCGCCCUGCUGUCCUGCUUCGUCUUCCAAGAGAACGCCAGCGAGAUGCCGAAACUGACUGAACAGCUGGCUGCACCACUGAGACAAAUGCAGGAGUGUGCAAAGCGCAUCGCUAAAGUGUCUGCAGAUGCCAAGCUGGAGGUGGAUGAGGAGACGUAUCUGAGCCAGUUCAAGCCCCACCUUAUGGAUGUGGUCUAUGCCUGGGCUAAUGGUUCCACGUUCGCUCAGAUUUCCAAGAUGACUGAUGUCUUUGAGGGAAGCAUCAUCCGCUGCAUGCGUCGCCUGGAGGAGCUGCUGAGGCAAAUGUGUUCGGCUGCUAAAGCCAUAGGCAACACUGAACUGGAGAACAAGUUUGCAGAAGGCAUCACAAAGAUCAAGAGAGACAUCAUCUUUGCUGCUAGUCUCUACCUAUAACAACCUUACAGCAAAUUUUACCUUUAAUUAAUAUGGUGGGUAUGGAGUCAUAGGUCUGUCAAAACAAAGUUGUUGUUUUUUUUUUUUACGUCUCAUUUUUCCAUUCAAGCAAAAACAUUUGUGGCCAGAAUGAGUUGAACAGUCAUGCUUUAUUGAACAAAAUGUGUUAUGAAAUACAUUUGAUACGUUAUACUUAAAUUUUAUGUGACAGCUCAUGACAAAAUACAAACCUUUAACAUGUUUGUGUUUAGUGAAUGGCUUUAUUUUCCUUAACAGAUAUUUGUACAUACGUUUUUCAAUAAAAGUCUGUAUGAUUUAUUUUAACAUACAGAUUAUACAAACCA